CCUGCUAACUUGCAAUGAUUUAAGGAUUUUGCAUGAUAUAUGACUCUGAGUAUAGUUGUUAUUUUAAAAGUAAUUCACAACAGAUCUGUUUUACAUUUUUCAAAAAGCCAGGUUGUACUGAUAAAUCUAUCAUUUAAAAAUAUGAAUUGUUAAAAAUGGUUAUUUAAUUCAACAUACACAAUUAGCCAUUUUAAUAGGUUGUUUUGCUCAAAGAUCUCAAACUGGAUUUAAUGUAGUUUGAAUGCAAAGGACAGACAUUCUGCUUCUCACUAAAUCAAGCCCUAUAAAGACUGUUUUAUAAAAAAAUCAAUAAAGAUCAUUGUUUUUCACAAACUCUGUAAGCGUCCCCUAGGACGGUAACUUGUUCCAAGUGCAUCCUAGGAAAUUUCAGCAUCGAUGCCGUGUGAGGCUGUGAGCAAAGCUUAACGUUUUACAGCCCGUCUCAUAAGUGUGAGCGCCUUCCACUCUGCGUGACACAUCUUCGUGUUAAUGACGGGCUCUGGAGAUGCCUCGCGACGAUGUGUCCCUUUUCUGGUUCGUGCUAUUUUCAGCGCGAGCGCGUCACGAUGCCGUCCAGCAAACUUCCUCUGGAGUGAAAGAAGAAUUCGCGCGCACCUCCGGGAUUACAGCUCCUGCGUUAUCGUGAAUUGAGGCAGGUGCAGAACUUCAAAACGAUGAAUUCUACGAGCGCAGAGCUACGCGAUCUACCUUGCUCGGCUGAUGUCCUUGUUCAUGCAUGAGAGAUUAUUCGUUCAUCGCCGACUGCCCGAUCAUCACUUCUCCACAGCUUUCCUCUUUGCAUCUGAGCGGCCGUGUAAAAUGGAAAUCUGAAGUGCUCCACUUUCGCAGUUUCUCACCUUUCAAAGCAAAAGGUCCCAGGAUACGCAAAUUGCCAGGUCUUAUCCUCCUGUCCAUACCGCUUCGCUGGCUGCUCCUGGUUUCUGGAGAACGCCUCCUCUCCACGCUGCCUCGGUCACCAGAAACCUGCCGCCACGUCAAUCACGUCCUCACAGCUGGCUGCGGGGCGGCCCUUGUGGCCGGGAUGCCACUGUGUACCUUGCCAGUCGGCGGUGGAUCCUGAGGGGCAGGAGCUGCCCACCCAGUGCAGGGGGCAGAGGAACAAGCACCCUGACCACGACAUGAAUCUCUGCUGGAACGAGAUCAAACGCAAAUCCCACAACAUCAGGGUACGGCUGGAGGCCUUUUCGGACAACAGUGGGAAGCUCCAGCUGUCCCUGCAGGAGAUCAUUGAAUGGCUGACAGCUAAAGACGAAGAGCUGUCCGAGCAGCUGCCCAUAGGUGGUGAUGUCGGAGCGGUGCAGCACCAGCGGGAGUUCCACCAGGCUUUCAUGGAAGAUGUCAAAUCCAGAGGGCCCUACAUCUACUCGGUGUUGGAAUCAGCUCAGACCUUCCUGGCACAACACCCAUUCCAGGAGCCUGAGGAGACGUUGCCUGAUGGCAAAGAAGUCUCUCCUCGCCGGCGAAUACUGAAUGUAAGUCGCUCCGUGUGGAAGCAGGCCAACGUGGCCAGUGACCUGUGGGAAAAGUUGACGGCGCGCUGCGUGGACCGACACCGGCACAUGGAGCGAACCCUGGAGAGGCUGCUGCAGAUCCAGGCUGCCAUGGAGGAGCUGGCUGUGGCUCUGGAGCAGGCGGAGGGAGUGAGGGAUGCCUGGGAGCCUGUGGGAGACCUGUUUAUUGAUUCGCUGCAGGAUCACAUAGAUGCUACAAAGGGGUCAAUUGAAGAACGUCUGAAACAGUUGCAAGAUGCCCAUAGAGAUUUUGGACCCGGAUCACAGCACUUCCUUUCCAGCUCUGUGCAGAUUCCUUGGGAACGUGCCAUAUCCCCCAACAAAGUGCCAUACUACAUCAACCAUCAGGCUCAGACAACCUGCUGGGACCAUCCAAAGAUGACUGAAUUAUACCAAGCUCUGGCGGACCUGAACAAUAUCAAGUUCUCUGCAUACCGGACGGCCAUGAAGCUGAGGCAUGUGCAGAAGGCUUUAAGAUUGGACCUGCUGAAGUUGAGCAGCGUGGCGGAUGUGUUUAGAGAACAGGAGCUGCAGCAUGCCGAGCAUGUGAUGGAUGUGGUCGAGGUCAUCCACGCUCUCACUUCCCUGUAUGAGAAACUAGAGGAGGAGAGGUCCAUCCUGAUCAAUAUCCCCCUGUGCGUCGACAUGUGUCUCAACUGGCUGCUGAAUGUUUACGACAGGUACUACCUUUUCAGACAGGUGUGUGGUCCAGGUGGACUGACAGAUCAGAAACAUCUCAGUCUGUUACUGCACGAGGCUAUUCAGAUCCCUCGACAGCUCGGGGAGGUGGCGGCAUUUGGAGGGAGCAACGUGGAGCCCAGUGUCCACAGCUGCUUUCGAAUUGCUCCAGGUAAGUCAGCAAUUGAGGUGUCUCACUUUCUGGAGUGGAUGGGCCUAGAGCCUCAGUCGGUGGUGUGGCUUCCUGUUUUGCACCGGGUGACCGUGGCCGAGACAGCCAAGCACCAGGCACGCUGCUACAUCUGUAAACAGUGCCCUAUCAAGGGCUUCAGAUACCGAAGUCUGAAACAGUUCAAUGUGGACAUCUGCCAGACGUGUUUUCUGACAGGCAGAACUACCAAGGGCAAGAAACUACACUACCCCAUCAUGGAGUACUACACCCCGACGACCUCAGGCGAGAAGAUGCGGGACUUCGCAAAGACGCUAAAGAACAAGUUCCGCUCGAAGCAGUAUUUUAGUAAACACCCUCAGAGGGGAUACCUGCCUGUUCAAUCAGUAUUGGAGGUGGAGAGCUCUGAGACGCCCUGCUCAUCUCCCAGGCUGCCUCAUGCGGACACACACAGCCGGAUCGAGCAUUUUGCCAGCAGGUUGGCAGAAAUGGAGAACCAGAACUGUUCCUUUUUCACCGACAGUCUCUCUCCGGAUGAAAGUUUUGUGCUGCAGGGCGAGUAUCGGCGGCUGAAGUGGAAGCACGAAGAGGCAGCAGCAUCACCCCAGCUGCUGGAGUCAGGUCCAGGUUCACCGGCCGGUCAGCAGGAUGAGGAGCUCUUAGCCGAGGCUCGAAUCCUUCGACAGCACAAGACUCGCCUGGAGACGCGAAUGCAGAUUCUGGAGGACCACAACAAGCAACUGGAGUCCCAGCUAUGCAGACUCAGAGAACUACUGCUGCAGCCCAAAGAUGACUCGGAGGCCAAUGGCUCGGCUCCUUCCUCUCUGUCCUCUCCUCUGUCAGGGAGUGACCACCAGGGGGAGCCUCCCAGCAGAGAGACCACAGACACAGAAGCUGCAGGUGAGUAUUUGGAUUACGAGCAGGACACCGUACUGCAGCUGCAGCAGGUAAUCGAACAGCUGAGGAACGUCUUCCCAUCUGAGCCAGGUCCAUGAGGAACCUGAUACAAAACUCAGAGGCCUAUAAUUGUGCAGGGCAGGUGAAUCCAUGGACAGACGACGGGGCUACGAGAAGAGUUUCAAGACAACCUUCUCAGCCUGCGCCCAUUUGCCAAUCCCAAAGAGCUGUGGGAUAUCUGAGUGCUAACUAAACAAACUAAUGUUUACAUGGUGCCAAAGGCCUGCACUGAUCCGGACACUGUGCUAACCCGUGUAGUAAUGCAAGGUGUGUGGCUUCAUCAGUACAGCACAAGAACCACAAACAGGACUUACACCACGCAGAAGGGGAUCUCUCUUUAGGUAUCCCUGUGCCAGCAACUUAUCUGUGUGUAUGUUUUUUUUUUCAAUUUUAAAAUGGUUUACUGUUUUCUGUGACUCACUCAUGCACAUAAACACAAAUAUACACAUAUACCGAUGGUAAGUCAUGCCUGGCAAUGCGUGGCCCUUGUUCUGUGAAGCAGAAAAGAGCAGAUAGUCCCGAACUGUCGGGACACACAACAAGCGUAUUUACACUGUAAGGAUGACACGUCUUUGGUUGAGGCUAUCAUUUAUUUAAGAUGCCAAAGUGCCCAUGAGCAUUGUGCUCCUGCCCUGAUGUUUCUUCUCUUUU